CGCGGUAUCAUAUUUGUUCGCCUUCCAGAAUCAAGAAAACUUGGGGAGGCCGCGUCGGCAUCCUACGGAGACUCUGGUGGCAUCUGAUGAAUCCCCACUCUUCUUGAUUCCGGCGACGACGGCGGCGAUGUCCCCUUCCUUCCCCCUCUCCCCCUCAUCGUCCUUCUCGGAGAAAGCCCGAGACGGUGAUGGCCCCCCGUUCCUGCACUCCGCCGGUCGCUCCUUGCAAUCUCUCACCGCCAAUAUCCUUUCUUUCCUCCCUUUCCCUCCACUCAACCCCAGUCGCAACACCACCAAAAAGUCGCCACCGCCGCCGCUGGGGGCGGCGGCGCCGCCGGUGUGCCCGUCUCUUUGCACCUCCUCAUCGCCGCCUUGCUCCUCCGCCGUGACGGUGCCGCUCCUCCUCCCUUUCUCCUCGGCCUCCUGUUCGUCCUCCUCCGAUUACCAGAGCCAGAGCCGGAGCUCGGCCACGGCCUCGCCGUCGUCGGCCAUCAGGAGCCUGUCGCCGGGCGUGAAGAUAGAGGGGCUCAGCUCGAGCUCCAAGGGCGGCGGGGGCCCCGCCUUUGUGGGGCAGGUAUUCAGCAUGCUGGAUCCCUCCGGCAACGGUCUCAUGGCUGUCACCACCCACUUCGACAUCCCCUUCCUCUCCAAGAGAACACCUGAGUGGAUCAAAAAGAUGCUUGCAACAGUUACCAAGAGCGAACGGAAAGGUCCUGUUUUUCGCUUUUUCAUGGAUUUAAGUGAUGCAGUUGCACAUGUUAAACGACUGAAUAUUCCAACUGGUAUGGUCGGUGCUUGCCGACUUGAUGUAGCUUAUGAACAUUUCAAGGAAAAGCCUCAUAUGUUCCAAUUCGUUCCAAAUGAAAAACAGGUUAAGGCAGCCAAUAAACUUCUUAGGAGAAUCCCACAAAAACGUGGGAAAAGAAAGAUUGGUGGUGUUCCUGUAUUCACAGCUCGGAAUUUAAAUAUUGCAAUAGCAACAAAUGAUGGAAUAAAGUGGUAUACACCUUAUUUUUUUGAUAAAAGCUUGCUAGACAAUAUUCUUGAGGCUUCAGUCGAUCAGCACUUUCACACAUUGAUCCAAAAUAGACACAGACAACGACGGCGAGAUGUAAUAGAUGAUGGCCUGGCUGCAGAAGUUGUUGAGGAAAAUGGGGACAGCUUGUUUGAACCUCCAGAGGUUCAAGAAGUGCUUGAUGAAUUGGGUCAUUCUGGAAUACCACUUAGUGUGAUAUCAAAAGCUGCUGAGAUUCAGCUCCUUGAUGUUGCUGACAAAAUACUUCUUGGUAAUAAGUGGUUGAGAAAAGCCACUGGGAUCCAACCGAAGUUUCCUUAUAUGGUAGACACAUUUGAAGAAAGGAGUGCCGCUUCAUUUUCAAAGGCAACCGUGUCCAUCCGUGGCACUGCUAACUUGGAAGGUGCUGAUAAUGGCCAGCCCGAUCAGCAACGUGGUGCUUCAGGGCUCAGUUUAAGUGAAAAUGCUGAAGGAGACCAUGGCCAGUCAACAAGUCACACUGAUUUUCAGUUCCCUCCCGGCAGCUGGUUUUCAAAUCCAUGGUCAAAAAAGCAUGGAAAACAGCAAAUACCAGACAAUAAGAUCAAGUCGGGCACAAGCAUGGAUGGAGAUGGUAUCAAUGAAAUUCCGCUGAAUCCCCUACUCCCAAAGAUUACGAUGGUUGGCAUCUCGGUGGGUGAUGGGGGGCAGAUGAGCAGAGCCAGCUUGAAGAAGACAAUGGAAGACCUGACAAAGGAGCUUGAGCAAGCAAGUCAGAAACCAACAGAACUUAAUGAAGACAAGGAUCCCCUGUUUGUUGCAAAUGUGGGUGACUACUCUACUAUCACAAGGAUGGCCUCUUCAUGACAGGCAUUUCUUGGGAGAGAAUCAGCCAGAAUCUCCACCUUACAUCGUGUUCUGUGAAGGACCAAUGACAUGCAUGCACCAGCUCCUUUAGGAAUGCUUCUCAUUCUUUGGAUCGCACCAUACAUUGAAUCUUACACAAGAAUCACAUUUUGAUCAGAAAGAUCCACUACGAUCCUACUUACAACAGGUGGUUUCAUAUAGAUUUGAAUUCGUUGGAACCACCAAGUCUGCUAUUUCUUCAGCCAAUUCAGGAAGUCUUGGUGGGAGUGAUGGGAAUAGCUCGAAAUAAUUCCACCGUUCAUUUGUAGUGUGAUUUGGUAGUGCUAUAGCACAGUGUAGCCACAUUCAGGUGCCUGCAACUUGGUGGGCUCCAAAACAGUGUUAGUGCGUUAUGGAAUCAUUAGUGCAGGUGGUAUUUGGUCCGGUUACUUUUAUGUUUCCAGGUCCCUUAAGUGCAUCUGUAACGCUUGCUUUCCUUUCCCUGGAAUGGUUAAGCGGUUGUUUUUAUUUUCUUUUUUUGUAUGAAAAGGGGAGGCCAGAAGCCAUCUGAGAUUAAGCGGUUAUUAACGGUUGCGAA